AUGGGGCGCAAAUCUCACGAGCCCCUCUCAAUAACACGACAUAGUGCUUUCAACCAAAGGCCGAUGGGCGCAAGGCGGGCCCAGCCUGGGUUGUCUACAUCAAAAGCAAUUAUCGAUCAAAGACUUAUCGAGGGCGCUCAGAUCUCCCAACCUUGGAACAGACCUCGAGGUCAUGAAUCUGAGAAUGUCGAUCACUGUAGCCAUCUUGUUGGUCCGGAUUUGCCGUCCUUCCAUAGCGAUGAUCAUCAACUGGACGCCUUUGACCUCGAACUGCUUGCUCAGUCGGAUGGAAGCAACCCAAAUCCAUUGAGGCAGCCGGCUAACUUGAACUAUCCAUCGGUGCAACAGAGAAAUGAUGGUGAGAAGCAGGUAUCUAGAUUUUUCCAGACGAGCUCCCACAUAACGCCCCUCCGAAACUUGGAUUCUAGCUCAUCGGAUCUAGGUCUGGGGUCACCUUCUAGUCCGCUCAGUCGAUUGCAGCCCGGAAAGACGAUUGUAACUCGUCGGGAGCGAGAGUAUCAAGCGAAGGGGCCUUCGAGACAGUACCACGAAGACCAAAUAUUGCAUGAGGAAGAAUCGCCGUCACACGGAAGUUCUACACUAUCGAUUAGUACAGCGCAAUGUCAGAAGAGCCCCUUCAAAAAUAUUCCCAUGUCAGUUAGAGGAAUCGUCCUUGUCUCAGUACAUGAGCUUCCGGAUAGCUACCGGUCCAUCUUCCAUUUCCCGGUUUUCAAUGCUGUACAGUCGAAAUGUUUCCAGCGUGUCUACAAGACCGAUGACAAUAUUGUGCUGGCAGCUCCUACUGGAAGCGGUAAGACAGUCAUCAUGGAAUUGGCGAUCUGUCGCUUGCUCAGCACUUUGAAAGAUGAGCGCUUCAAGGUUGUGUACCAGGCACCGACCAAAUCCCUGUGCUCCGAGCGUUUUCGGGACUGGAACAGGAAGUUCAUGUCCUUGGGACUCCAGUGUGCGGAGCUAACUGGCGACACUGAUCAUACGCAGCUCAGGAGUGUCCAGAACAGUCAGAUCAUCGUCACCACACCCGAGAAGUGGGACAGCAUGACUCGGAAGUGGAAAGAUCAUGCGCGGUUGAUGCAAUUGGUUAAGCUUUUCCUAAUUGAUGAGGUUCACAUUCUCAAGGAGGCUCGUGGUGCGACGCUGGAAGCGGUUGUGUCAAGAAUGAAGACAUUCGGAUCGAAUGUUCGCUUCGUUGCGCUGAGUGCUACGGUCCCGAACUCGGAGGAUAUUGCGAGCUGGCUCGGGAAAGACGCGACGAACCAACAUGUACCGGCGCACCGACAGCACUUCGGGGAGGAUUUUCGCCCUGUCAAGCUCCAGAAGUUUGUGUAUGGUUAUCAGUCACACAGCAAUGAUUUUGCCUUCGACAAGUUAUGCGGUUCGAAGCUCCCCGAUAUUCUAGCAAAAGAGCUUGCUCGUCUAUGGUCCAUGACCAACCCCCCGGCAAGGCUAUGGACAGCAUCGGGCAAGUAUCUCGAAGCCCACAAUGCGGACCUCAGAAACACGCUGAUGGCAGGAGUUGCAUUUCAUCACGCCGGUCUUGACCCUGCUGAUCGCCAUACAGUUGAGUCUGGGUACCUGCAGGGACAUAUCGCCGUCAUUUGCUGUACCUCAACCCUGGCAGUGGGGGUCAAUCUCCCAUGUCACCUUGUUAUUAUCAAGGGUACAGUAGGCUGGCAGGAUGGUGGCUGCAAAGAAUACUCCGAUCUCGAGAUGAUGCAAAUGCUUGGUCGAGCUGGUCGACCUCAAUUCGACGAUAGCGCUAUUGCAGUGAUCAUGACGAGAAAGGAACGAGUUCAACAUUAUGAAAAACUCGUAUCUGGGUCUGAGACACUUGAGAGUUGUUUGCAUCUCAACCUGAUCGACCACUUGAACGCCGAGAUUGGAUUAGGUACCGUCACUGAUGUCGAUUCCGCGGUCAGAUGGCUUGCGGGUACUUUUCUGUUUGUCAGGCUGAGAAGAAAUCCAAAGCAUUAUCAACUCAAGGAAGGGGCCAGGAAGAAUGAUGAAGACGAGAUGCUUAGGCAGAUUUGCGAGAAAGAUAUCAAACUUCUGCAAGAGACUGGAUUAGUUGCUUCUGAACGUCUCAAGUCCACACCAUUCGGAGAUGCCAUGGCUCGGUAUUAUGUACGGUUCGAUACCAUGAAAACUUUACUCGCCCUGAAAGCUCACGCAACUAUAUCUCAAGUGCUUUCUGCAAUUGCUGAAGCAGAAGAAUUCCGCGAGAUAAGGCUCAAGGCAGGCGAGAAGUCGCUGUAUAAAGAACUGAACCGAGCCAAUGGCAUAAGGUUCCCGGUGAAAGUUGAUAUAGCGCUUCCAGCUCAUAAGAUCCUAUUGCUCAUCCAGUCAGAGCUCGGUGGGGUCGAGUAUCCGGACGGCGAACAAUAUCAGAAACACAAGUUUGCUUUUCAGCAGGACAAGAAUUUCGUGUUCUCUCAUAUCAAUAGGCUCAUUCGAUGCGUGAUAGAUUGCAAAAUCUCCCUUGAAGACUCAAUCACCGCCAGGAAUGCCCUCGAGCUCGCAAGAAGCUUUGGGGCCAAGGUUUGGGAUAACUGUCCUCUGCAGAUGAAGCAAAUCGACCAAGUCGGUAUCGUGGCAGUGAGAAAACUUGCAGCAGCUGGGGUUACCAGCAUCGACGCCCUGGAAGCCACAGAGCCCCAUCGCAUUGAUAUGAUCAUGAGUAGGAAUCCGCCAUUCGGGAUGAAACUACUUGCCCGUGUUGCCGACUUUCCUAAGCUUAGAGUGAAUGUCAAGUUGGUAGGAAAGGAAAUUAAACCCGGAAAACCUGUAAAGAUACGAUUCAAGGCCGAGAUUGCUUUCAUGAAUGAGAAAACCCCGACUUUCUUCCAGCGGCGACCUGUGUAUGUCUGCUUCUUAGCAGAGGCCUCCGACGGCCAUCUGAUAGAUUUUCGGCGUAUCAGUGCAAAUAAACUUCAGCAGAGUCAGGAGAUACCCUUAGAUGCAGAGCUGAAGAGCCCACACCUAUAUAUAACAUGCUAUGCGAUGUGUGACGAGAUCGCCGGUACUUUGAGGUCUGCGGAGCUGAAACCGGAGCUGCCAAGUGUCUUCUUCCCAUCUCAGCCAAGGGAAAGUCAAGCCUUGGAGUUGAUGCAGCGGCCAAGGAUGAAUGUCCCAAGCCGCGACACCGACGACACUCCGAUCAACAAAAAUGAUCAAGGAGCAGACGAUAGUAUCGAGAAUGAUAAUUGGCUCUUUGACGACUUGAUGGAGACAGACGAGGCAAGCAACUGGGUUGCCGUCAACCAGUCAACCGGCACCUCCCGGAGUCGGGUUGAGGAGAAAGGCUUGAAAGACCGCAAGUCUGUGAAUCCAACUACUGAAACCGAGAAAGAGCCACCUCGACUAGACAAUGGCAGAUAUGCGUGUAACCACAGGUGCAAGGACAAGUCAACAUGCAAGCAUCUCUGCUGCCGAGAAGGCCUCGAGAAGCCACACAAAGCCGCCCGGAAGCAGUCUGCUAACGGCAAUCAGGCGAAGAGUGGACUUAACCAGCUGACACUCUCAGCCAGCAUUCCUAGAAUAAAGGCUGGAAGGACCUCGACGAUCGAGGCUCGGGAUAAGAGUAGUGGUAAGACACACACGAAGGACGUGGGAUCCACCGGUAUCGACUCAGAUAUCACUGAUAUCGAGGACAUUUUCCACCUCAACUCCACCAGUCAUGUCUCCAAGCCUCAAUGCUCUUCAAGUGACUAUGGUGAUGAUAGCUUUGACGACUUGCCCUCGCCAUCAAAGUUGCUGGUGGGUUGUAGUACGGCCACAACGAAUCAGGUAAAAGGGGAGACCGAAACCUUUGCCAGUAAAUGUGAUGAUAUAACCGAGGCGGAUGAUACUUGGACCGACGUCGACGACUUGUUCACGUAUACGGUUCAACCUUCAUCCACUGACUCGCCAGAACAAAUCAAAAUCCACACUGCCACUUCAGCCACGGGAAAGCAAGAUCAGACAUUAGUACUACCGGAUAAUUCCAUGUUUGAACGAAAUGCUGUCUCUAAUGAGGCUGAUAUUCCAAGGACCUCUGAGACGGACGUCGACAAAGCGCUAGACCCUUCCCGAGUCUCAGAUGAGCACCGCGGACGAAAGAGGGACCUCUCAUGGCAGACCGGACGAAUCCUCUCUGACGAAAGGAUGGAGAAAAGAAUGAAGCACGACGAGCUGUCUCGGAUUCCUCGCGGUCAAGUUGAAACUGCUAUAGGGAAAGAGACAAACGGGAGCAUUCAGGGCUCCGCGAACCUACCAGAGGUGCCAAAGGACUGGGAUGACAUCGACCCUGCUUUGCUGGAUGAAUUCAAAGACAUUGUCAAUUUUUUCUAG